AUGAGUUAUCCUUUGGCGAUAAAGAGAGCAAGAUUCGAAUCGGCUAGGAAACGGGCUCUCCACUUCGAAGACCUGUAUCCCUUCAAGAUCAAGAGAUCAAGAAUCGACAAUAGUCGAAAGGAAGUAUUACACAGAAUGCGAAAAAUUCAUGAGAAAAUGAAAAGAAUCGAUGAAAUCAGUAUGAAUUGGAAACCGAAACGAGUAAGUAAAAGAUAAAGAAUUUGAAAUCUGAUUUUCGGGGAUAUCAAGUAAACAGGAUUGAAGUAAUAAUCAUGUACAAUUUAGGCUCAACGCGAAAAUCUACCGGUUUUGAAUAAUGGGAUUGUUGAAAUUGAAAGGAAUGGUCUGAAUGAGCAAGAAGCAUUGAUUAUGGAGGAUGAAAAUGAUGAUCGAAUUAUCAUUGAAGUAAUGAAUCAAAUGUUAAUGGAUGUGAUCGAGAUGGAAGAACAACAAAAUCAACAAGAAGAUGUAAGUUACUGGAAUUAUUUGGAUUUGAAAAAAUAUCGCAUUUUUCGGGGGUUUUGAUUGAAAUAUUAUGUUUCAGAUUCAACCUGAAGAACCGGAGAUGUUGAAUGCGGAAAUGAUUCGAUUUAAUAUCAAUCAUUAUCCGAGGAUUUGCGACAUUCGGGAUGGAGCUCAAGAGGAGGGCGAGGAAAUUCGGUCGAGAAACCAUCAAAGAUAGCCACAAUUUGUCGAAUAUCUCUGAAAGAUCCGAAGGAGAACCAGCACCACGUGUUGCAAACAUUGUCAAUUUGGCCGAACAACAACAGCAUAUCCAAUAUCUCAACGCUCAACCAAGGAAUACGGCGGCGGUGCAAAUUGGUUUUGGAAAUGCGAUUGAAAUUGAGGUUUUGGCAGCUAUGCGAAGAGAAGCGCAAAUUGUGGAAUUGGAACAGCAGAAUGAGCGCCAGGAGAUUGAGGUUUUGCCAGCUAUGCGAAGAGAAGCUGAAAUUGUCGAGAUGCAGCCACAAAUUGGAAUUCGAAUCAUUCAAGCUCCACCACCAAUCAUUGCUCAACCAAUUCCACCAGCUCCAAAUGCACCAGUGCCAAAUAUUGCACAAGUUGUCAAUUUUGCGCAACCAGCAGUUCCAGCGGUAGUUCCUCCACCUAUCGCUGCUCUUCAAAUUGCUGCACAAGUAGCAGUUCAACAAGUUGCAGCUCCGGCUCCUCCACCUGCACCCGCACCGGCUCAACCACAAAUUCCAGUUGUGCAACAAGUUGCGGCUUCAGCUCCACCACAAAUUCCAGUUGUGCAACAAGUUGCGGCUGCUGCACCUCCACCACCACCUCCAGUUGUUCAACCGGUUGCAGCUCCUCCACCACCACCACCACCUCCAGCUCCACAAAUUAUAACGGACAAUGAGUGGAAGAAGAUGUGCGAAGAGUGUUUGGAAGUGAUUAGGAGAGGCCAAGUGGCUGUUUUGAGAGGCCGUGUAACGCAUUAUACGAUUGACGGUGUUAUGGCCGUCAAUCGAUCGCGAACAACCGCAAGACGCUUAUUGCAACACCCACCGGCACCAGGAAAAAGGGCGAUCGAAUAA